AAGGCCAGGCGCCGCUGUAGCCUCCAGGCGCGGAGAACUGCCGGCAUUCGCACUGGCGUGUUCGUCCCGGCGCUACCUCCCUGUCUUAUCCGCCAUGCAUCUGUGCUGGCUGGCGCUGGGCGCCGCUAUCCUGCUGGCUGCAGCCCCCACCGGUUCGCGAGCCGCGCGGGUCCUGUGCUACUACGACAGCCGCGCCUACUGGCGACAAGGCUCGGCCAAGUACGUGGUGUCGGACAUCGAGUCCAGCCUCACGUACUGCACGCACGUGCUGUACGGCUACGCCAAGAUAGACUCCACCAACAGCCAGCUGACGCCGCUGGACGACUACCUGGACGUGGACACGGGCAAGGGAAACUACCGCGCCGCCACCGCGCUGAGGCGCCGCUACUUCGGCAUCAAGUUGCUGCUGUCCGUGGGCGGCGGCGCAGACACCGAGAACCGCGAGAAGUACCUCACCCUGCUGGAGAACUCCGACACGCGCACGGCCUUCAUCAACUCGGCCAAGAUGCUGGUGAAGCAGAACGGCUUCGAUGGCCUGGACCUGGCCUGGCAGUUCCCCGAGACCAACGUCAAGAAGCAGCGCAGCACUCUAGGCUCCAUCUGGCACAGCAUCAAGCAGACGCUGGGCUACGGCCGCGACUACGUGGACGAGAAGCAGGCGGAGCACCGCAGCGGCUUCACGGCGCUGGUGCGCGACCUCAAGGCAGCGCUGCGGCCCGACAACCUGCUGCUCACCGUCGCCGUGCUGCCCAACGUCAACGCCUCGACGUACCUGGACGCCCCUGAGGUGAGCCAGCACCUGGACACCAUCUCGCUGAUGGCCUACGACUACAAGACGCCCGAGCGCAACAAGAAGCAGGCCGACUACCCGGCGCCGCUGUACACGGCGGGCGGCCGAGACGCCAACCAGACCGUCGACGGCGCCGUCACGUGGUGGCUGCAGCAGGGCGUGCCAGCCAGCAAGCUGAGCCUGGGCAUCCCCAUGUUCGGGCGCACGUGGAAGCUGACGGCGGACAGCGCGCCCUCCGGAGUGCCGCCCCUGGACGCCGACGGGCCGGGCGCCGAGGGCUCGCUGACCACCACCCCCGGCCUGCUGGCCUACCCCGAGGUGUGCGCGCUCAUCCCCAACCCCAACCAGCGCGUGACGGGCAGCCUGCUGCGCAAGGUCAGCGACCCCUCGCAGAAGCUCGGCACCUACGCCUUCCGCCUGCCCGACCCGGAGACGGAGGAGGGCGGGCUGUGGGUGGGCUACGAGGACCCGGACACGGCGGGCAACAAGGCCACCUACGCCCGCCACAAGGGCCUGGGCGGCAUCACCGCCGCAGACAUCACCCUCGACGACUUCAAGGGCGUGUGCAGCGGCUACAAGUACCCCGUGCUCAAGGCGGCCAAGGAGCGCCUGUAGCGCGUCGCCUUACUCGCGGCAUGAGCACCACCGGAGCACCACUGGAGCACCACCGGAGCACCACCGGAGCACCACUGGAGCGCCACUGGAGCACCACCGGAGCGUAGCCGUGCUACGUCAGUGGUACAUUUCAUCAAAGUCAUCACACAACCGUGCUGCUGAGAUCCUGUCAGUUCGCUGCUUGACCGAGCGCCAUUCAAACACCUUCUAUGUUCGUUCCUCUACAACCUAAUAGUUUAUAUCAUGAAUUUUCCAUGAAUAUAUUUAUUAAUCACAAGUGUUUUCCACCUCUAAUUGAUAAUUAGUUAAUGUGUAUAAUACGUCAAUGCCUGUGAAACAAUAAAGUACUCCUUUUACAAGAUAUAUACCAAAAAAAAAAAAGAAAUGUUUUAGUCACUGGUAGUCUGAUACCAGACAGCAUUUUUUUAAAAUAUAUUUUAAUAAUAGUGACAGAAUAUUUUCUAAACUACUUGUUUAAAAGUGUUCAGAUACGAGCAAAUUUGCUAAUUCAAUGCAGCACUCAAUUUUACCACGUGUUACGAUGUAAUUCCUGAUCAUACUAAACUGCUGAACUAGACUGAAACAAUAUUCGUUACAAUAUAUUAUGAAUAAAAAAAAUUAGUUUUUUUAGAGAUGUAUUAAUUUCCGCAACUUGGUUUGAAUUUGUAAAAAUUGCAUCCUCAUGAGAAAUUCAAGACCAAGUAUUUUCAACAGCAUGCUAUUCAGCACUUACUCACCAUUAUUCUGACCAAGUUUGUAACUCAUGGACACUUUGCUUUAUCUUCCAUUGUGUCCCUACUAUGGCCAUUGUGGUAUUUUCUUAUCUCUUAAAUUUAUUUCCACGAAUUCAAGUGCUUCAGAAAGGAAUUUCCGAAGUAUGAUACUAUAUGUUAUUUUCUGGAUGGUUUUGGACAACUUACAGUGUCAAGUGAGAAUGUCAAAAGAGCAUCAUCAAGUCUUGUAGCUGAAUUGUAUUGAAUGUAAAUGUAUUUAACAUUACAGUAAAAUAAAAUUCAAAUAUACCUUUAAA